GGCCCGGAGCGCGGGGGCGGGGUUUCGGAGGACUCGCGGAGCGACGGCCAUGGAGGGAUCCGGCGCGGGCUUCCGGAAGGAGCUGCUGAGCAAGCUGCUGCCCCUGCACUUCCGGGACCACAGGACCAGAGUCAGUGCCGAUGCGCUGCAGCUCACGGCGGAGCUGCUACGGAUUUUCGUGGUGGAGGCGGCCGUCCGCGGGGUCCGGCAGGCCCAGGCGGAGGACGUGGCCCAGGUGGACGUGGAGCAGCUGGAGAAGGUGCUGCCUCAGCUGCUCCUGGACUUCUAGCGGCCCCUGCGCUCGCCACGGCCAGCCCAGGAGGCCCCUGCACAGCCUGGUGUCCGGGGACCCAGAGCAGUCCAGCCAGCACACGCACCCCAGCCUCAGGAGGGGCGGGAUCACGGCCGCCCCGGCACAGGAGCCAGGAGCUGGGGGAGAGGCCAGCCCCCCUCCCUGAGCUGCCCCUCUGUUCUCACAAAGCAACAUCAAUAAAUCAGGUCUGUUCCUGGUGUGGCCUUCGU